GCUUGUAUUUUUACCGGUGACCUCAUCUCUCAUGGCAGCGGGACCGCGCUGCCUCCUCCGCGGAUCCAGCUCCGUCCUGCUCCGUCCUGCCGCCUCCGCCGCCCCGAUCCCCGGUCCCCUCGCUCCCUCCGGUCCCCUGCAGCCCCGGCGGGCUCCAGCCUGAACCCCGGCCGGCACGGCGGGAGCCUCUCCGGCCGCACCGGCACCGGCUCGGCUCUCUCUCACGGGUCUGAAACCUUCAGCGGGAGGAUGAGGAGGAACCUUCCUAGUGAUCUCAUCAGGGGAGAAGAGGCGGUGCAGUGAAUGACCCCCCCCAACACACACACACGCACACACGCACACACGCACACACGCACACACACACACACACACACACACUCACAUUAACACACUCUGAGGGUGGGCGGCGGCCUUCAGGAUGACAUCACGCCCCGCAGACGGGAUGCAGCUCCUCUGAGGUCCUCGCCGGGUCGCAUCGGCGGGGGGGAGGACCAGGAGCGGGGGGGGUGACAUGACGGAGGUCCCGGCCCCCAGGCCCGGGUCCAGGCCCGGGUCCAGGUCCGGGUCCAGGGCCGGCGCGGCGCGGCCCAUCGGGCCGGAGGCGCUGGUGGCGCUGCUGGAGGGGGGGCUGGACCGGGUGGUGCUGAUCGACAGCAGGCCCUUCGUGGACUUCAACGCCUCCCACAUCCUGGAGGCCGUCAACGUGAACUGCUCCAAGCUGAUGAAGAGGAGGCUGCAGCAGGACAAGGUCCAGAUCGGGGAGCUGCUGCAGCACUCGGCCAAGAACAAGCUGGACCUGCAGGCGGACCAGGAGGUGGUCGUCUACGACCAGAGCUCCUCCGACCCCACGGCCCUCGGUUCCGACUCGUUCCUGGGCGUCCUGCUGGUGAAGCUGGAGAGGAACUUCCCGUCCGUGUACCUGCUCUCAGGCGGGUUCUCGGAGUUCUCCCACCUGUUUCCUGGUCUGUGUGAGGGGAAGUCGCUGCUGGUUCCCUCCUGCAUCUCCCAGCCCUGCCUCCCCGUCACGGCGCUGGGUCCCACCCGCAUCCUGCCACACCUGUACCUGGGCUGCCAGAGGGACGUCCUCAACAAGGAGCUGAUGCAGCAGAACGACAUCGUCUACGUCCUCAACGCCAGCAACACCUGCCCCAAGCCCGACUUCGUCCCGGACUCGCACUUCCUCCGGGUCCCCGUCAACGACUCGUUCGGCGAGAAGAUCCUGCCCUGGCUGGACCGUUCGGUGGAGUUCAUAGAGAAGGCCAAGGCCUCCAACGCCCGGGUCCUGGUGCACUGCCUGGCAGGGAUCUCCCGCUCCGCCACCAUCGCCAUCGCCUACAUCAUGAAGAGGAUGGACAUGUCGCUGGACGAGGCGUACAGGUUUGUGAAGGAGAAGCGGCCGACCAUCUCCCCAAACUUCAACUUCCUGGGUCAGCUGCUGGACUUUGAGAAGAAGAUCAAGAGUCCCCUCGGUACCGAGCCCAGACCCAAGCAUCACUCGGACCCCGCCGGCAUCCAGUCUGAGGACUCGCAGCCUCCGGCCUGCCCGGAGGCCCCUGAGGCCCCCGAGGGCCCGGCGCCGCUGGAGCCCCUCCCCUCGGUCCUGGACGAGGCCCCCGAGGAGCUGGCGGAGGCCCUUGGCGGCCUGCAGCUGGCCGACGGCCCGGAGGACAGCGCCCGGCUCAAGCGCUCCUUCUCCCUGGACAUCAAGUCAUUUGGCGAGCCAGCCAGGAGCCCCGCCCACCGGGCGCUGGCCCCAUCCCCCGGCUCGGCGCCGCCGGCCUUCAAGGAGACGGCCAGCAAGCCGUGCCAGUUCUCCCCGGUGGAGGAGGUGUCGGAGCAGUCCACGCCGGAGCAGAGCCCCGACAAGGAGGAGGCGGGCGGCCCGGCGCCGGCCCCGCCCCCCGGCUUCACCAGACCCCCGGCCGCUGCCCCGGGCGGCCCGCAGGGGCUGCAGCGGAGCGGCAGCGCCACCAGCUUCCUGCUGGGACUGUCCCGCAGCCAGCAGCACCUGGCCCGGCCCGGGUCCGGCUCCGGCGACGCCCUGAAGGGCUGGAGCUCCGACAUCCUGCUGGGCCCCGUGGCCGGAGCCUCGCUCCCGGGCGGCUGGUUCCUGUCCCCCGAGUCCACGCGCUUCUACUCCGCCUCGGCCAUCCUGGGGGGCGGGGCCGGGGCUGGGGCCGGGGGCUUCGCCGCCUACAGCCUGGAGGCGGUGCGGCGCCGUGGCCGGGACCGGGCCGGCGACCGCGGCGGGGACUCGCGGCGCAGCUGGCACGAGGAGAGCAGCUUCGAGAAGCAGCUGAAGCGCCGCAGCUGCCAGAUGGAGUUCGGGGACGGGAUGGCGGACGGCCGGGAGGGGGGCGGCGCGGCGGCGGGGGGGCAGGCCAGCUUCUCCGGGAGCAUGGAGGUCAUCGAGGUGUCCUGAGGACGCCGCCGCCGCGCCCAGACUCCACCCACACCGCCGCCGCCGGGAGGCUCCGCCUCCAGGAACCUGGACGCUGCAGAGCCGGCGCUCGUUAGACGGGGAGGGCGGCGGCGGCGCAGCAGGGCGGGAAAACCCCUGGAAACUGCUGCGUUGCCAUGACAACGGACUUCCUGCAUCAUGUUCUGACUCUUUGAACACAAACUGAGAUUAACCAAAUAAAUCCCGUUCAGAAGAAACUGGUUUCGGUAAAAACUGGUUUCGGUAAAACUGGUUUUUGGUGUGAACGGGUUCUGUGAAGAACCGAACCUGGACCCUGGUCCAAGUGUCAGAACUGCUCGAUGCUGCAGCUCCGACCUUCACGUUGAGUCCAGAACACAAAUGUGAAAUAUAUCAGCUUUCAGGUUUACCUCUUUUUCCAGCACCUUCAACCUGGUUCUGGUUCUGGUUCUGGUUCUGGUUCUGGUUCCAGUCUCCAAACCCGCGAGUAAACGGAUCGGAACUCUCUGGGAUGGUUGGCUCCGCCCCCAGUAGCUGGGAGGGAAUUCAUGAAAAGCGUGCACUUGGUGACAAGUUUUUGAUAUUUGGCAAUGUGUUAAUUAUGGACAUAAAGUUUUUAAAAACCACUGCAAACAAAUUGUGACGGCCCCCUAGUGGCCGGUUUGCAGAAAAUUCAAAAUGAAUCAAUAAGCGAGGCAAUAGAGGCAGCAUUUUAGGUGUGAAGUGAGUUUAAAUAUGCACAGCUGAUGUUUUUUGUGUGUUAUUUAAAUAAAAUCCUAUUCUUUCACGUGAUUUAGUUCUGAGGUUCUGUUCAUCUUAAGCCUGAAUGAAGCCACUGUUCUCACCCAAUGAGAUUGACACUACAGCGAUAAUGACCUGUCCAAUAAACAGAAGAUUGCAUUCCUUGGGGGUGAAAAUAGGGGCCUAUACAAUAUUUUUAUGUGACUUAAUUCUUAAGGAAAAAAUGACCUUGAAAAUUAAAGUUGACCUUCAACAUGACCUUGAAAUAGGAAAUUUAUCUCAGAAUUUAAUUCCUAGCACCAAAAAGUAGAAAAAGUGACAAUAUACCACAAUCUAGGACUACGAGAAGCUGAGAUAUAACCUUUGGUCUUUUCUGCGGGAGCCAUUUCGAAUUUUCUUCAAAUCGGCCACUAGGGGGCGUCACAAUUUGUUUGCGGUGGUUUUUGAAAACCUUAUGUCCAUACCUAACACCAUGCCAAAUAUCAAAAACUUGUCACCAAGUGCACAAUCUUCAUGAUUUUUGACAUAUUCCUUCCCAGCUACAGCUGCCGAUGUAACAAGUUAUGAGAUCUGGACCGGCAAACGAGCAGAUCUGGACCCUCCAGGUCCAGUUCCAGAGGUCCAGUUCUGGACCAGGACUGGACCCGGGCCGGGGGAAGAAGGGGUAAAAGUUGGGAAGCUUGAUCUAAAUGUUUGUUUUAAUGAGAGUUUGAUUGUUGCGGUUCAGUUCUCGAGGAUGUCUGACCGGCUGAAUGACCCGGAUGUUGGUGAUGGACCCGAAAUAAAAUUCUGAUUCUGAUAAA